UUUUGUGACAGAGAGAGAUUUCUCAGAGCUCAGUUUCUGGUGGAGGAUUUCCCUUGUUUUUUUUUUUCACCAACUUCUCUGGUAUUUUUGCAGCAGUGAUUGUGCUGAAGUCACACUAGGGAUUGUGCAGGAGGAGAAAAUGUAUGCGGAUGGCUUCAAGUACUGGCUGGCGUACUCGAAAAACAACAUCAAGUACUAUCGCUGCUGUCUGCACAAGAAGCAAUGUCCUGGCAGGUGUGUCGUGGAGGAUGGACGCUCCGUGAGGAUCACAACAGAGCACAAUCACGAUCCAGAGCCUGACAGGAUUGUCGUGGAGAAGUUCCGGAAGGUGCUGACACGACGCGCAGCCACGGAGACCACAGAUCUGCACAAUAUUUACUGGGAAGAGGCAAGCCAUCGACAUGGCGAAGCUGCCCUGCUGUACAGCUACAAUCUGGCCGAGAGUGCCAUGCGAAAGGCGCGCCGGAAGCAACUGCCCACGGUGCCGACGACAAUGUACGAGCUCUCGGAGGCGCUCAAAGUGUCAGACUUAUUUCGCGUGAAUUGUGGCAAUCGCAAGGAUGCCUUCUAUCGCACCACCAUUGAGCUGGAGGAGGGCAGUUGCAUUAUCUUCAUGCACGCCAAGACACUCCAGGCAGUGGGCAAAGUGGAGGAGAUGCACGUGGACGCCUCUGUGGAAUGUGUGGCCAGACCGCACGGCCAUCUGCUCACGGUGCACGCCGUCCAGGGCCACAAAGGCGUGCCCAUCCUGUUCGCCAUCCUCACCGCCAAGUCCCAAUCCAUGUUCGCCGCUGUGUUUGCCUUCCUGCGCGAGAACUACGUGAGUCAGGUGGUGCCAAGCAUCAUCCUUGCCAACUUCGACGCCGCCAUGCACUUCGCGCUCAUGUACACAUUCCCCGAAGCCAACCUGAAGGGCUCCUGGUUCCACUACACCGACUCCGUGGUGGCGCGUCUAAAGCACCUGCGGCUGCAGCGCGAGAUCGCGAAGGGGCACGGCUCGUGUGCCCUCCGGAUGCUACUGGUGCUGCCCUUCCUGCCCGCCGACCACAUGGCCGCCGGCCUGGUGGCGCUGAAGAAGUGGAUGCAGGAGAAACGCGUACUCACAGUGGGCCUGAGCUCCAUCUGCACGCACGUGGAGCACGAGUGGCUGCGCUCCGUGGGCGCUGAAAAAAUGUCUAUGUUCGGCGUGACGCGCUGCACGAACAGCUACGUUCAGACUUUCAACAAGGAGCUCCUGGACACCAUCGAUGGGCGCACAAAUGUGGUCUGGCACUUUCUCGAUGCCCUGACGCACAUCGCCACAAAGACGUACACGAAACUGGCCAGACGAGCGAAGGACUCCGGUCUGCCGGGUCCAAAACCGCCGCGCAAGACUCUCAUGGCCACCGAGGAGAUCAUCCGCGUGGCGACAGAGCAGUGGAUCAGGACACCUCUACACCUGCGGUCGCCCUUUCAAUUCCUCCAAAUGGCGAGCCACUGCAUCAAUGACAGCACCUAUUCCGUCAUCGUGAGCACCAUCGCCGCACCCCCAGAGGCGCCCGAUACGCCACCAAAUCCGCCAGCCAAGCGGAAACUCACCGCCGAAUCCGUGAUUGACAUCCACAGCGACGUGACGUUCGUCGAGGUGCCGCAAAUUGGCCAGCAAGUGCGCUUCCUCACCUCCGAUCCGCCGCCACUGGCAUUCUUCCCCAAGACAGUCGCCAGUCGGCGAAAGAUCACUGCCCGGCCGCGCUUUCCGCUCGAGCCGCCGCCGCUGGUGCCCAUCAGCCGGCCGAAAGUAUCGUGAACACAAUGUACAUUAAGACUUCUUUAAUAUAUAAGGACAUUA